UUAGCCUCCAAGGAAACCCUAAACCCUAAACACGAGAUGUUAUAAGAGAAUUUCGAUCGAGAGAGUGGGAGAGGGGGAGAAAUAGAGAAAUGAAUGCGGAUUGGGGACCGGUGGUGGUCGCAGUGGCAUUGUUCAUCGUGUUGUCGCCAGGGUUGAUGUUCCAGUUGCCGUCGAGGAUAAGGGUGAUCGAGUUCGGGAACAUGUGCACGAGUGGGAUAGCCAUCUUGGUUCAUGCGGUCAUAUAUUUCUGCAUAUUCACCAUAUUGAUAAUGGCCAUCGGUGUUCACAUACAUGUUAACUAAUCCCUACAAAGGGUAGGCCUCUCUCAUAAUUAUGCCUUUCACUGUUGUUUUAGUUUUCAUGGUUGUUUGUCAUUGUAAUUUGUAAGAGAAAUGUUCAACUGUGUAAACAUGAAGCUUAUGUUGAUAUAGUAAG